UGUCAAAAAUUCUAACAUUUCUUUCUAACCUAAAAUUUUCUUAAGUGCAAUAGAACAAUCACAAGAAAGAAUAUUAUUUACACAUUAUUAAUUAGUAUAGAAUAUUCCACACAUAAUUGACAAAUUAUUCAUAAGGAGCACAUUGACAUCAACUAAGAAAUGGCUCUACAGAGGUGUUUACAAUCAUCAAGGAACUAUCUUUCAAGAUGUUACUUACUACAGUCCAAUUUGAAGCAAUCAUACUGUGAGUUACGUCACAAAUACAGCAGCGAUGCAUCUAAAAGAUUAUACACAGACCGGCAUGAAUGGGUGACAGUAGACAAAGACAUUGGCACUAUUGGAAUAAGUAAAUAUGCACAAGAAUCUCUUGGUGAUGUUGUGUUUGCACAACUGCCAGAUCCAGGUACAAAAUUAAAAGCAGGAGACGAAUGUGGUGCUUUAGAAAGUGUGAAGGCAGCUAGUGAGAUAUAUUCACCCGUUAGUGGCACUGUCACUGAGAAAAAUAACAAAGUUGAGGACAAACCAGCACUAAUCAACACGUCAUGCUACGACCAAGGGUGGCUAUUCAAACUGAAACUUUCAAAUCCUGAGGAACUACAAGAACUCAUGGAUGAUAAGAAGUAUGAAGAAUUCUUGAAGACAGAUGUUGAGAAAGACCACACAUAAGACAAAUUAAUAAUUAUACAAUUAAUUAUUUGAUUAGAAUAAUAAAUUGUUAUGUUUGUGAUUAUUGCUUUUAAACAAUUUUAUGUAGUUUGUAAAGUAAAACACUGUUUUUGUGCAAUA